AUGGCUUCCACCGGAGUGUCCAAAAAGAUAUGGUUCAUUACCGGCGCCUCUUCAGGCCUGGGCCUCACCAUGGCCCUCAGCGCCCUCCGCGCCGGCCACCGCGUCAUCGGCACCGGCCGCAACAUCGAAAAGGCCUCCUCCAAACACCCAGAGUUUGCCCAACUCGGCGGCGUAUGGCUCCAGCUGGACGUUGCCCAGCCCAAUGCUGAGCAAACCAUCCAGCAGCUCGUCGCCAAAGAGGAGCAGAAGCUCGGCAAGGACAAAGACUCGGCCCACUGGGUUGUCGUGAACAAUGCUGGCAACACUCUGCUUGGAGCGGUGGAGGACAUGAGCGAGGGCCAGAUCCAGGAGUACCUGCAGACCAAUCUGUAUGGCUUCGUUCGCGUGUGGAAGGCCUUGCUGCCGACGUUGAGGCGCAAUCGGACGGGUACUCUGAUCAGCAUCUCGUCCAUUUGGGGGUUCGUGCCGAAGCCGGAGCACAUGCUCUACAGCGCUGCAAAGGCGACGACUGAGUCUCUGACGGAGUCGUAUGCUACUCUUCUCGAGCCGUUCGGCAUCAGGACCAUGAUUAUUGAGCCUGGUGGCUUCAGAACCCCUUUCGCUGGCAACAACUCUCUUGCGGAUGGUGGCAUCUCCGAGGACUACAAGCCUGUGAUCCAACCCUGGGUGGAUCUCGUCAAUGCGGCCUCGAAAGACUUGACCAUGGUCAAUGGUGAUCCAGUCAAGUUUGGCGAUAGACUACUUGAUGCCGUAGAGGGCCAGGGCUUGUUUGAGAGUAUAUGGGCGGAGCAUGAUAGGGCGAAGGCCCUGAGAGUUCAACUCGGGUCAGACUCCUAUGGGCUGUUUGAGCAGAGACUGAGCGAGUUUCAGAAGGGAUUCGCAAAGAUGGCCGAUGUGGCAAAGUCGACUGAUGUAUGA